CUGCCUCUGGUUAUCUCCAGAGCUGUGUACACAAAAUACUUUGAGAAAACCCAAAUAGAAGGCACACGACCCCAGGACUCUCAGGCAUUUCCAUUCUGGCCUGGCCAUAGCAACUCUAGCCCUCUACAUGUGGCCAACCAUCUGAGUCCUGGGUCUCCACCCACACAGUAAAUGAAGUUCUUCAGAGCACAGCAUGUGACCUCUCCUGGUGACACUGGAGUGGUGAGAAGUGCCCAGGCUGCUGUGGCAGGUCUAUAUUUGGACCUGUCACUCAUGGCAGGCCUGUUGCUAUUUGUGGUGGGAGCUAGCUCAUAUUACCAUCCAGCUUUGGCCCCCCACUUCGCAGGGUGGACUAGGCAAGGCCAGCCUGCAGAGCAGCCAGAGGUCACCAGGAAGGGGAGCUGGCUGAACAGAGGGAUUCGGUUUUCCAGCAGAAACCUAGGACCUUGGAGUUAAAGGACGUGUGUGUGGGCCCUUAAAUGAGCAGGACUCAGAAUAUUCACUGACCAUCUGAGAAGGACUGUUCUGUAUCAAUGGAGGAGGACGCAGGGGAGGAGCUGGGGCUGGGCGGGUCAAGGGCCCCCAAAGACUUCCACUUCUAUCACAUGGACCUGUAUGACUCUGAGGACAGACUGCAGCUCUUCCCGGGAGAAAGCGGCAGAAUCAGGAGCGAAGUAAACCAGGCUGAAAUGACUAAUGAGCCGAGAGGGGCAGGGGACAGCAAGAGUCUCCCAAAGGAAGUGGACGAGCUUGUCCACUUAUAUGGACUUGAAGAUGACCAUGAGUUAGGGGAUGAGUUUGUUGAUGAACACAGACUAGGGACUCUGGAGUAUCCUCCUUAUGGCCCGAGGAGGAGAGACCCAGCCAGAGAGCAGAGAGACUGGGGACUUAGUGAGGCAGCUGAGGCCGAGGACCUGGGCUAUGGAGGGCAAGGCCUUUCCGGGCAGUGCCAAGACCUCCGGGAAGCCUACAGGUACACGCACGGCCGUGCCAGCGAGGAGUAUGAAUGCUACGUCAUCCCAGAGGAGGAGGAUGAAGAAGAAGAACCUGCUGAUGUCUUCUGUGCCACUUGCAAGACUCCAGUAAGAACUGCUGAGAAGGAUGUGGAGGCACACGAGGGACAUGAAGUCAUGCCACUCAACAAAGCGCUGGAAAGCGCCAAGGAUGAAAUUCACAAAAACAUGUGCAGAUUGGAGCAGCAGAUUAUCGAGAUGGAAAAUUUCGCCAGCCACCUGGAGGAGGUGUUCAUCACGGUGGAGGAGAAUUUUGGAAGGCAAGAGCAAAACUUUGAGUCACAUUACAAUGAGAUCUUGGAAACCCUCGCUCAAAAGUACGAAGAAAAAAUUCAAGCCCUAGGGGAGAAAAAGAAAGAGAAGCUGGAAGCUUUAUACGGACAGCUGGUCACCUGCGGAGAGAACCUUGACGCCUGUAGAGAGCUAAUGGAAACCAUAGAGGAGAUGUGUCACGAAGAGAAGGUGGAGUUCCUGAAGGAUGCAGUGGCUAUGACUGACAGGCUGGGGAAAUUCCUGAAAACCAAAACAGACGUGGAGCUCUCUGCACAGCCUGAGUUUGAAGACCAGACCUUGGAUUUCUCUGAUGUGGAGCAGCUGAUGGACUCCAUCAACACUGUUCCAGCUCCAUCUGCUCCAGUGAUAAAUCCUCAGGCCCCCAACUCGGCCACAGGGUCCUCCGUCCGUGUGUGCUGGAGCUUAUACUCCGAUGACACCGUGGAGAGCUACCAGCUCUCCUACAGGCCAGUGCGGGACAGCUCACCUGGCAAGGACCAAGCAGAGUUUACCAUGACGGUCAAAGAGACAUAUUGCUCAGUGACAAAUCUUGAGCCAAAUACCCAAUAUGAGUUUUGGGUGGUCGCUCAGAACAGGACCGGCCCCAGCCCCUCCAGUGAGCAUGCAGUGUAUAUGACAGCCCCCUCUCCCCCGACUAUAAAAAGUGAGGCGAUCAGAAGCUGUGAAGAGGCUGCGCUGAUUUGCUGGGAGUCUGGGAACCUGAAUCCUGUGGACUCCUACACAGUGGAGCUGAUCCAGGCAGAGACGCCAGAAGCCUCGGGGGUAACUGAGUCUGUUGUAGGCAUCCCAACCUGUGAGUCCCUGAUCCAGCUGCAGCCUGGACACAGCUACACGAUCUACGUCCGAGCCCUCAAUGUCGGGGGCACCAGUGCCAGGAGUGAGCCAGCGACAGUGCACACCACAGGAAGCUACUUCCAGCUGAACAAGGACAGCUGCCACCCCUGGCUGACCAUUUCUGAAGAUGGGUUCACAGUGGGUCGGAGUGAGAGGAAAACCUUCAGAAGGGAGCUGCCGCCCAGCAAGACCCAGUUUACCAGGUGUGCUGCUGUCAUUGGGAAUCUAAUUCCAGUCCGAGGACGCCAUUACUGGGAGGUGGAGGUAGAUGAGCGCUUGGACUACACGAUUGGUGUGGCCUGUGAAGAUGUCCCUAAACAGGAAGACCUGGGGGCAAACUGCUUGUCCUGGUGCAUGAGGCAUACAUUCGCCUCCACAAGGCACCGGUACGAAUUUCUGCACGACAGGACAACUCCAGACAUAAGAAUCACAGUUGCUCCAAAGAAGGUCGGCGUCCUGCUAGACUAUGAAAACUCCAGGCUGUCGUUUUUCAACGUGGACAUUGCUCAACAUCUGUACACAUUCAACUGCCAGCUCCACCAAUUCGUGCACCCCUGUUUUUCUUUGGAAAAGUCUGGAAGCCUAAAGAUCCGCAAUGGCAUCUCAAUGCCAAAGCAUGUCACCUUUUUUUAGGUCCUUCUGAUGUUGUUUCAAGUCCUUCUGUCCUCCCCUCACUUGGCUGGCUGAACUUGGGAUUCAAGUUUCCUGCAGCCAGCACAAGCUACAGUUCACACUAGUGUCAGGUAGAUGGGGUGCUGGGCCUGUUUCACCUGAUAAUGGACUCAUCCUGGGGGCUGCUCCCUGUGUGAUGCUUGGGGAGCCAUUAUCAGACCAGGCUGUCAGAGAAGGGGUCAGACUCUGAACUCAAAGGGCUCUUGUGGGCUUGAACUGCACUUGUCUGUUUGUGGAUAUGUAAAGUAUUUUGAGUCUCCUAAGCCUAUAAACAUAAGGAUAGGGUCAGGAAGUCAUUUGUAAAUUAUAAUUUGUAAGGGUCAAGGCCUCAGCAGCCCCUGCACAUUUGUGACGUUUCACUAUUUACUGAGAACAGACCCAAGAAGGCAAGAAACCCUGCAGAAAUACAAGGAAGUCGGGUACCCAUCUCAAGACCACCGUGGUAGGUUGAGUAAGAAGGGCUCAUCUGUUUCAAUGCUUAGCCAUCCAGAGUGCCACUAUUUGAGAAGGAUUAGCAUGAUUAGGAGGUGUGGCCUUGCUGGUAGAAGUGUGUCACUGGGGGUGAGCUUUGAGGUUUCAAAAGCCCAUGCCAGGCUCUGUCUGUCUGUCUGUCUGCCUGUGGAUCAGGAUGUCCCCCUCUCUCAGCUACUGCUCCAGGCCCAGUCUGUCUGUCUGUCUG